AUUCCCCCAAUUGGGACUAUAGGAAAGCAGGGCAGCAAGGAAUAUGACGUGUCACAGUUGAUGAGAGACCUGUGUGACUCUAUGGAGAGGGAAAAUGACCUUAAAGACCAGCUGAAGUUCACGGAGGAGGAGGCCAAGAUGAUGAGGAGGAGAGUGGCAGACAUGGAUGAGGAGAAUGAGAGCCUCCGUCUACAGCUGCAGAAGAUGAGCGAGAAGGCCACCAAACACAAGAGGAAAGAGAAGGAGACGCAGAGGGAGUUGGAGGAGGAGAAGCGUCAUGCUGACGCCAUCAAGGCUGCUUUGAUCAACUCUGAAGGUCAAAUCGAUUUCUCCGGCGACGUAGUGCUGGUGGUUGGGGCCGAGGGUAGUGACGUCAUCAAGGGGGAUGAACCCAUCCCUGUCUCUCAGAGGAAAGAUUCGACGGAUGACGAUUUGAUGAACGUGAUGCAGAUGAGGGUACAGCUGGAGAUGCUAGAACAAGAGCUGAUGACGUCACAUAAGAAACUGGACGACAUGGACCUGGAGAACGAGAACCUACAAGCUGAGGUGAAGUUCCUCCAAGAGCGACUGGCCGAGCAGGAGGCCAGUGCCAGUGUCCAGCUGCCAGAACCCUCCACACCUAACGCCUACUACGAGGACAAGCUGAGGGAACUAUCCCAGGAGGCGGACGAGCUCAGGUGGAAGCUGAUCGAGAAAGAUCGAGAAAUUGAGAGGCUCAGCGUCGUACAGACCAGACACAUCCGGGAACACAGCCACCACAAGAAGGACGACAAACUCAAGAAGUCCAAGUCUUUAGACACCGAGACAGACCUAAUGGUGUCUGACCUAAAGAAACAGCUGGAAUACCUUCAGAUGGAGGUCAUACGGCUGAGGAAAAACUUGGAGGAGACGUCAGACCGAAACGAAGAACUGCAGCAAGAGAACGAUGACCUGAAGAAUCGAACCCCCGUGCCUUCAGUGCAAGCUGACGACGCUGCCCUGGAGAACAUCGAGCUCCGGGACAAGAUCCGCAGACUGGAGGAGGACGGACGGUGCCAGGCUGAUACCGUCCGGCUCCUGACAGACAGUCUACAGAGGUUAUCACGUGACACGAGGACCUACACGACCAUCGCCACGUCACCCACUGUACCAGGUACACUGAGCAUUCCCGGCAUUCCGUUAGUGGGCCCGGGAACCCAGGUAGCACGCGCCGCGUUGGAUGUAGCCAAUCAGCGAUCGGAUCCCAAGACACGUGACCCCGCGGUGCACGUGCUUCGCGGGGGAAACAUGGCGGAGCGAGGCGAGACGGGGUCGUCGGUCACAGGGAGCGAGGCACCGGGGGAUCCCGCUGCCAGAGUUUCACCUGAGCUGAGUACAGGAGAAGAGAAGGGGGACGUUGAAGAACGGAAGGCACCAAGACUUAGCAGUGAAGACCUGACACUCGCGUGGGAUAUUUCUACGACAUCCGCGCUACUCGCAUCAAGGCCCAAAGAACGCGACUUGCCAGUUACGAAACCGAGUGAAACACAGACGUCGGGGAAACAAAUGGAGAAAGCGAAAGCGGACGGGAAAGAGAAGGAGUCGGAGGACGACACAGGAGGAGGGGAUACCUCGGAGGAGAGAGACAGCGAUGAGGCAGAGGAAGAGGAGGAGGGAGGGAACGAGGCCAGCGCGAGCCGAGGGAGGCUGGAUAGCGAGGAUGAGCCAAGGCCAAGGUCGAUUCUGCUGGACUACCCGGAAAUGAAAUCGAAAGUAACCACGACGGGGGAAGAGUCCAGGGUGGAGCUGAUGGAGAAAGUUCUGGAUAUGGAUGACGAGAUCA